GCAGUGCCUUUUACUGUAUGAAAAUACAGUCCAUUGUCACGAAAACGACAAAAGCCGCUCUAACUGCCGCGAUUGAUACACUUUUGGCGAAGGGUGCCGACGCUCCAGCUGUCUCAUCCUUCCAUGAAAAAGGAGGAGCUGUGCCGGUUCUGUGUGUUUUUAUUGUGCGUGCUUAUUUUGUUGGUUCUUACCUCGUUAUUGUUCCUCUGCUGUGCUUCCCUAACUUUCCGCUACUCGAACGUCUAGCCCAGCACUGCAGUUCUGGAACGUUGCUGAAAGGGGAAGACACCUUGUGUCGGGAUCCAAAAGCUUCUAGUUGUCAUCUGCAUCUGAGACUGAGAUUCCUUGAAGUUGUCGCUGUUUGUUUCGUUCUGCCGCGCAAACAGGCCGAUCUUCGGCUGCCUCUGUACAGAUUUCAAGCGGGUGUUCGCAGACCCUGCCUGCAUGCCCCUCGCGCGUUGAAUGAGGCGCCGUUAAAGUUCGAUGUUGCCUUAUUUGUUCAAUUUGUUCUUCAUAUAAAGGCUUUCUGCUGCGAGUCUCAUGAUUCUUGUUGCCGUCCCACUUAGGUCGUUUCUCGUGGCGCCUCUCGAGUUUUUGGGCAAAAGG